CCAAAAUUAGUCGUUGAAAACCCACCCUCAUCAUGGAUGCAAAGGGUGAGAAGCAGACGGACUUGAACGUGUCGCCCGACACCAAUCGCUCCGUCGAUGAGGAUCCCCUGGCUACCAGCCAGAAGACCUUCUGGGAGCGCAGUUGGCCCACCUUUGCCUGCGGUGCUGGUCUCUGGUCCGAUGGCUACUUGCAAUAUGUCAUCGGAACGGUCAACACCAUGUUGAGCGAUCUGUACCCUGACGUCUACGCCGGAUCGACCUACAGUCAGAACGUCUCAUCGAUCUCCUUUGCCGGAACGGUGGUGGGAAUGCUGGUCUUCGGGUAUAUGUCCGACCACUGGUCGCGCACCAACACCCUGAUGGUCUCCACCGUCAUUCUGUUCGUGUUUGGGGCGCUUUGUGCCGGGGCCUACGGCGCCAAUGGUAGCUUGACGGGCAUGUUCACAGCCUUGACCGUAUACCGCUUUUUCCUUGGGCUGGGAGUCGGGGGCGAGUACCCUGCCGGGUCGGUGGCGGCGGCGGAGAGCAGUGGAGAGAUGAAGAAGGGCCAGCGUCACCGGUGGUUCAUCCUGUUCACCAACUUUCAGCUCGACUUGGCCUCCGUCGCCUCGUCGCUGGUGCCCAUGAUCGUCGUGCUGGCCUGUGGGGAGAAUCAUCUGCGCGCCGCCUGGCGCAUCUGUCUCGGUCUGGGAGUCAUUCCGCCGCUGAGUCUGAUCUACCUCCGAAUGAAGCUGAAGGAACCGACCGAGUAUACGCGCGAGAAGAUGCACAAGUUCCCCAUCUGGUUGAUCGUUAAAUUCUACUGGAAGCGCUGGUGUGCGGUCGCCUUGAUCUGGUUCAUGUACGAUUUCUCGACCUAUUCCUUCAGCAUCUACUCCUCCCAGUGGCUGAACCUGAUCAUUGGCGCCAACUCACCCAUGUGGGUGACACUGGGUUGGAACACCUUGAUCAACGUCUUCUACCUGCCUGGCUCGUUCCUGGGCGCGUUGCUCAGCGACUGGUACGGCCCCCGCAACACCUUGGCCGGAGGAGUAUUCGUGCAAGGCGUUAUUGGGCUGAUCAUGACGGGCUGCUACCCCUAUCUGGACACCAACCAAUACGUAGCGGCUUUUGUCGUGAUCUACGGAAUUUUUCUUGCCAUGGGGGAAGUCGGCCCCGGCGACAAUAUCGGUCUCUGCGCGGCCAAGACGUGCGCCACGCCGAUCCGCGGACAAUACUACGGCACGGCGGCCGCCAUGGGCAAAGUGGGCGCUUUCGUAGGCACCUACGUCUUCCCCAUCAUCGUCAAGAACGCCCCCACCGAGGCGCGCAAGGGUCAGGACCCUUUCUACGUCUCCAGCGCGCUGUGUAUCUUCAGUGCCUUUUUGGCGUACUUCUGUCUGCCGAACAUCACUCAGGAUACGAUCACGCACGAGGAUGCGCGGUUCCGGGAGUAUUUGGAGGCGGAGGGCUACGAUACUUCCACCAUGGGUCUUUCAGCGGCGGAAUCCGAGUAAAAUGUGGUGACGAGUUAUCUGGGGGAGGAUUUGAAUCUGCUAGCGAGAAUGCGACCUCUCGUCGCGUGUCUUGGUUAAUGUGAUCAUGGCCGUAUAAAUAUUGUCUAAUGAAGUAUUCCU